AUGUUCACUUGGGACUUAGAUGAUAAUACCUUGGCUUGGACCAUAGUUGCAAGCCUAAUGUUUCUCUCUUCCGUUACAAUUCUAUUGAAUCUGCUGGUAAUCGUAACAGUUGUAAAACGGAGAGACCUGCAGAAAUUGUCGAAUAUUCUGCUCAGGAGCCUCGCUGUUUCAGAUCUUCAUGUUGGUGUUGUAUCGAUGCCGUUAUCUGCAACGGUGGACGUAUUAGUUCUCCACCAAAUGUCCGUUGAACAUAUUUGUGAUUUAGACUUGGCGAAUCUCAGCGUAAUUUAUUUCCUAUCCGUAUUGUCUCUGUAUCACUUGACUAUCAUUGCAUGGGAGAGAAACGUAGCGAUACGGAAAGGCCUUCAAUAUCAGUUUCUCGUCACAGAAAGCCUUCUCAUAAAACUCGCGAUAUUUGCUUGGCUGUUAUCCUUGUUUACAGACCUUCCCGCCUUCAUUCUGACAGCAAUCGAGUUAGAUAUUGAGAUAGUGAGAAACUGGGUCAUCUUUAAUUAUGCUCUCAUGACAGUUUGUUUGAUAACUAUUGCCUAUUUCAACAUCCUAAAAAGGAAGAAAAACAACAUUGCACCUCUCACCGCAAACCGGAAAAUGGAAUCAAAGACUGCCAAGAUAUGUGAUCCUACUGUUUACAGAAACGUUUCAGUCGAAUUCAGCUUUCCGUCUAACGAGAUACUGCGACUCAAGAAACCUCAGCCCAUCCAACCACCAGUUGCUGCGAUAAUUGCCCGACGAUGUAAUCCAGUUGGAUCGGUAGCUGAGCAGCAUUGCAUCAUUGAAGAACCUUCUCUCCACGUGGCCAGAUCAGGAACCAUUGUCCUCGCCGCUGGUGAGUUAGACAGAGGUCAUCUCUUUAGCGCCGGCUCCAUGGGCUCCUCUGAUGACCCUCGGGGACGGUGUGAAACUCUGAAAACAACUGCAGUCGUCCAUCCUGAAAGAGCGUUGAAAAGCAAACCGGCUGUGAUCCAUGAAGAAAACGGCCCGGUCAACCUGAAAUUAUCCAGAUCAAAAUCUGUGGAUACCGGAGUCUCUAUGAUGAUCUAUGAUGAUCUUAACCGAGACCUGUACCUUAAACAUGACAAAAAUCCUCCUCGAAUACAUAGCUCGAAGUCAGAAUGA